AUGGUUCUUGCUGCUCGAUGUGGGCAGGCCGCCGCCCUGCUGCGCCAGCGUUGCCUCGCUGAGACUCGUCCAGCAUUCGUGCGCGCAUUCUCCUCCCAGCCCGUUCGCUCGGUUUCCGCUCUGCGUCAGAAGAUCCCCACGGCUCGCUCUCAGCAGCUCCGUUCCUUCUCCAGCACCCUGAACCGUCUUGCCACUGAGAAGCCCCCCUCCGCUGAGUCUUACCUCGCCAGCGGUGCUGUCAAGCCCGGCAGCGGUCUCGUCGAUGUCAAGAAGGUCCUUGUCAUUGGCUCCGGUGGUCUGAGCAUUGGUCAGGCCGGAGAGUUUGAUUACUCUGGCUCCCAGGCUCUGAAGGCGCUCAAGGAGGCCGGUGUCCACUCCGUCUUGAUCAACCCCAACAUCGCGACUAUCCAGACCGACCACAAGCUUGCGGAUGAAGUUUACUACCUCCCCGUUACCCCCGAAUAUGUUACCCACGUCAUUGAGCGCGAGCGCCCUGAUGGUAUUCUCCUCACCUUCGGUGGUCAGACUGGUCUGAACCUGGGUGUGCAGAUGAACCGCAUGGGUAUCUUCGACCGCUACGGCGUCAAGGUCCUCGGUACAAGCAUCAAGACCCUCGAGACCAGUGAGGACCGUGACCUCUUCGCCCAGGCCUUGAACGAGAUCAACAUCCCCAUCGCUGAAUCGACCGCUGUCGAGACUGUUGAGGAUGCUCUCAAGGCCGCCGAGCAGGUCGGUUACCCCAUCAUCGUCCGCUCUGCGUACGCCCUCGGUGGUCUGGGCUCUGGCUUCGCUGCCAACCCCGAUGAGCUCCGUGAUCUGUCCUCGCGUUCUCUCUCCCUCUCCCCCCAGAUUCUCGUUGAGAAGUCCCUCAAGGGCUGGAAGGAGGUUGAGUACGAGGUCGUCCGCGAUGCUGCCAACAACUGUAUCACUGUUUGCAACAUGGAGAACUUCGACCCUCUCGGAAUUCACACCGGUGACAGUAUCGUCGUUGCCCCCAGUCAGACUCUUUCUGACGAGGAGUACCACAUGCUCCGUACUGCUGCCAUCAAGAUCGUCCGCCACCUGGGUGUCGUUGGCGAGUGCAACGUCCAGUACGCUCUGCAGCCCGAUGGACUCGACUACCGUGUCAUCGAGGUGAACGCUCGUCUGUCUCGCUCCUCUGCGCUGGCCUCCAAGGCCACUGGUUACCCUCUUGCGUACACCGCUGCCAAGAUCGGUCUGGGACACACCCUGCCCGAGCUCCCCAACGCCGUUACCAAGACUACCACUGCCAACUUCGAGCCUAGCUUGGACUACAUUGUCACUAAGAUUCCCCGCUGGGAUUUGAGCAAGUUCCAGCACGUGAACCGUGAUAUUGGCUCCGCUAUGAAGUCCGUGGGUGAGGUUAUGGCUAUUGGCCGUACCUGGGAAGAGUCUCUGCAGAAGGCUAUCCGUCAGGUUGACCCUAAGUACAUUGGUCUCCAGGGUGACCACUUCGAGGACCUCGACGAGACUCUGCGCAACCCCACCGACCGCCGCUGGUUGGCCGUUGGUCAAGCUAUGCUCCACGAGAACUACUCCGUCGAGAAGGUUCACGAGCUGACCAAGAUCGACAAGUGGUUCUUGUACAAGAUCCAAAACAUUGUUGACUGCAACAACGAGCUUAAGGAAAUUGGCAGCCUCUUCGGCCUCAAGCAGGAGAUUCUGCUAAAGGCCAAGAAGCUCGGUUUCUCCGACAAGCAGAUCUCUCUGCUUGUUGGUUCUUCCGAGGACGAUGUCCGUGCCCGCCGUAAGUCCUUCGGUAUCACCCCCUGGGUGAAGAAGAUUGAUACUUUGGCUGCCGAGUUCCCCGCCGACACCAACUACCUGUACACCACCUACAACGCUUCGUCCCACGAUGUGACCUUCGAUGACCACGGAACCAUCAUCUUGGGUAGCGGUGUGUACCGUAUUGGUAGCUCCGUCGAGUUCGAUUGGUGCGCUGUCAACGCUACCUUGUCUCUGCGCAACAUGGGCAAGAAGACCGUUAUGAUCAACUACAACCCCGAGACCUACUCCACUGACUUCGAUACCGCCGAUAAGCUGUACUUCGAGGAACUCAGCUACGAGCGUGUCAUGGAUAUCUACGAGCUUGAGGCCGCCAGCGGUGUCGUUGUCUCCGUCGGUGGUCAACUGCCCCAGAACAUCGCCCUCCGUCUCCAGGAGACCGGUGGUGCUACCAUUCUCGGUACCGACCCCCAGGAUAUCGACAAGGCCGAGGACCGUCACAAGUUCUCCCAGAUCCUCGAUAGCAUCGGCGUCGACCAGCCCGCCUGGAAGGAACUGACCUCCGUCGAUGAGGCCGAGACCUUCGCCGAGGCUGUCGGUUACCCUGUCCUGGUUCGCCCCUCCUACGUCCUGUCUGGCGCUGCCAUGAACGUCAUCUACAGUGUCGACGAGCUCAAGGAGAAGCUCCUCAACGCUGCUGCCGUUUCCCCCGACCACCCCGUUGUCAUCACCAAGUUCAUCGAGGGUGCCGAGGAGAUCGAUGUCGAUGCCGUUGCCUCCAACGGCAAGCUUCUGGUCCACGCCGUUUCCGAGCACGUCGAGCCCGCUGGUGUCCACUCCGGUGAUGCCACCCUCGUCCUCCCCCCUGCCAACAUUCCCGAGCCCAUCAUGGCCCGCGUGAAGGAGAUUGCCGAGAAGGUAGCCAAGGCCUGGAACAUCACCGGUCCCUUCAACAUGCAGAUCAUCAAGGCCGACCAGGAGGGUGCCGAGCCCGCUCUCAAGGUCAUUGAGUGCAACCUGCGUGCUUCCCGCUCUUUCCCCUUCGUCAGCAAGGUCCUGGGUACCAACUUCAUCGACGUCGCCACCAAGGCUCUCGUCGGUCGUGACGUCCCCGAGCCCGUUGACCUCAUGAAGGAGAAGCGUGACUACCUCGCCACCAAGGUUCCCCAGUUCUCCUGGACCCGUCUUGCCGGUGCCGACCCCUUCCUUGGCGUCGAGAUGUCCUCUACUGGUGAGAUUGCUUGCUUCGGUAAGGAUCUGAUCGAGGCCUACUGGGCUUCCCUCCAGUCCACCAUGAACUUCCGCAUGCCCGAGCCCGGUGAGGGUAUCCUCCUCGGCGGUGACAUCACCCAGCCUUACCUGGCCAAGAUCGUCGAGUACCUGAACCCUCUCGGCUACAAGUUCUUCGCCGUCAACCCCGAUGUCAAGGCCCACAUCGAGUCCACUGCCCAGGACUCCGUGUCCGUGCAGCUGAUCGAGUUCCCCAAGAAGGACAAGCGUGCUCUCCGUGAGGUCUUCCAGAAGUACGACAUCCGUGGCUGCUUCAACCUUGCCAAGACCCGUGGUAAGACCCAGCUCGAUGAGGACUAUGUCAUGCGUCGCAACGCUGUCGACUUCAGUGUUCCUCUCUUCAUGGAGCCCAAGACCGCCCAGCUCUUCGCUCAGUGCAUGAACGAGAAGUUGCCCCGUGGUGACGAGAUCCCCUCUGAGGUCCGCACCUGGUCCAACUUCGUCGGUGGCAAGGCUCUUUAA